AUGCACUUCAAUAGAGUCAGCACCCUAGCCGGCCUGGGGCUGGCCAUGCUCGGCAGCGCUCUCAGCAAGCCCCUCAUCUUUGGCUACAUGCAAUUCUCGGACAAGGCCAACCUUGAGCUCGACUUUAGCAAGUAUACGCACAUCAACCUGGCCUUUGCGAUACCCAAGCCAGACGGGUCCUUGGCCUUUGACGGCAACGCGACACUGCCUCAGGCCGUUGACAAGAUUCACGAAAAGGGGGCCAAGGCGCAGAUCUCGAUCGGUGGCUUCCUGGGCUCGGCCAACUUUUCAAACAUUGUCAAAGACCAGGCUCUUCGCAGCACGUUCACUGAGAACAUAGUCAAUUUCCUAAAAACCAACAAGCUUGAUGGUGUCGACGUGGACUGGGAGUUCCCCGGCAGAGAGGGCGAUCCGUGCAAUGUCGUCGACAAGGAAAACGACUCGGCAAACUUCCUGAUAUUCUUGACCGAGUUGCGCCAGAGGUUUACCACGGAGUUUGGCAAGGACAAUAUGCUCAUUACCAUGGCGGUUCGCGUGCAGCCGUUCGACGGCCCGGAUGGCCCGAUGAGCAACGUCUCGGCCUUCGCAGCGCAGACCGACUACGCGUUCCUGAUGGCGUAUGACAUCAACGGCCCCUGGGCCGCCGAGUCCGGAGCCAACGCCCCGUUGAAUUUUGAAGUGGGCAAGGGCGCUCAGUUCUCCGCCAACUCGAGCUUGGAUAAUUGGCUGCUGGCCGGAUGGCCGGCCGAGAAACUCGUGCUCGGUGUCCCCUUUUACGGCCACGGGACACAAUUGGAGAACUCGACGGCAAAUGCCACAAGCAUGUACCAGGCGCAGUCUACACAAGCACCACUGGGCGAUCAGGAAGACGCCGUGUCGACGGAUGCUUGCACUGGAAAGAACGCUUCGUCGGGGGCAUGGAGGUGGAAGCACCUCCGGGGCCAAGGGUUACUGGACACUGCGACGACGGCCAAGGAGCCGUGGGAGAAUCACCAGUUCAUAUCCUACGACGACCCAGAUAGCCUCAAGGCCAAGGCCGAAUUGGCAAAUCUUAAAGGCCUGGGCGGCAUGAUGAUCUGGUCGAUUGAUAUGGACACGAACGACUAUGAGUUGACAGAUGUGAUAAAGGACAACUUGAAGGUUGACCAAUGCGGUAAAGGACCAACAUCUUAA